AUGUCACGUAACAAAGAAAACAACCCUCUUUCCGCGACCCAGCGGAACGCGGCCACCGCUCCCUUGCACAGGGCUCUCCCCAGCGAGGAGUUCUUCACCGACAGCUUGAUCGACGACACCCGCCUCUCGAAUGUCUCGCAUAUACCGUCUCCAGUCAAGACAGGGUCUGUCAAGCCUCGACGCGCACUCGCCGGCACGAGCAAGACGUUGCAGAGAUCGAGCCGCACUUCCCUGUUCGACUAUACUGCGGCCCGAACGAGUAAACAAUUGAAGCCAUCACCGAAGAUCUCUACGAGGAAAAGCCCAAGCCCUGCACGAACGAAUGGCCUGACCACGCCGCCGCAUUCCCGACACGGCCCGCCCCUCCAGAGCCCUACUGAGUUCUCCAGCCCGCCUGGUGGUCUACACGAGUCGUACCAAAGAAUCGCGGAUGAGGAGGAUCUGGCUGCGACGGAGGUGGAUGACGAGGACGACAUCAAUGGCGACGACCAGCAGGAUACGUUUGAGAUAAACUUGGACGUGGACCCUACAGGAGAUGGAAUAGUCACGGAACAAUCAGCACCGAUAGAAGUUUCGCAACAGCCUACGCCGGUUCAAUCUCCAUCGCCAGUCCGCGCCGCGGACGAGCGCGGUGAAAGUCUCUCAGAACCCCCGACCUUGGAUUUCGUCAAGAACGAGAUGACCGACAGGGUGCUCGCUGCGAAAUUGACGCCCCAUGUCGUUGAUCGCGCGAAAGAUCGUGCCAGACUGGAAAAGCUCCGACAGAGCCACAUACCAAUCAAUUUCGGAGAAAAGUCCAAGGAAGAGCAGACUAACGUGGAGCCCCGACGGAACGGUCUCGCGAGCGUCGCAAGUCGUGGACCGAUCUCCUUCGACAAUGUUUUGGCCGUGGAGACAAACGGGCUGCACAGGACGUACUCAGACACAAGUGUAGACUUCGACCCUCAAAAGAGGAUCCAGGCCUUCAGACGAGCAACGCGUCCCAUGGUCAGCAAGACUGUUUCUGAAGAUGACGAUGGUAGCGAUACGCCUCCAGAACUGCGGGAAAAGGAGAGAUUGGUGGCCUUCAGCAAAUCCACUCGGCCGAAGAAGAAAGACGACGGAGAACCCGAAUUACAGAGACCAGCGUCCGUGCCAAAAACCAUAGCAUUUUCACGUGCGCAUGGCCGACCUGGUCCUCACAGGACGCCCUCCGACACUAUCGAGGAUCAGGGACUACCCGAAGACCCUACAGUUGCAUCCAUUGCUUCGACAGUAUCCGAACCUCUUCCCGGGACCACUGUGAGGCCGGACGACGGUCGAGCAACACGUUCAUUCAUUGCCCGAUGGCGCAAAGAGACUGCGGAGCGACGCGCUCUAAAGGCUCGAGAAGAUGCUGAUCGUAGCGAGUCCCAUAUUGACUCCGCCGCCGCAGCUGCAGAUGUCCCAUUGCCAUCCAUCGAAAGGUCUUCCACUCCUCAAGAAACUCCACCGAAACCCAUUCCCUCUCCGAUUCAAAACCAAAGGUCCAUGGAGCGGAUGCGGAAGUGGGAGAAUGAUUUCACAGGUCUUUCAUUCCAGGUGUCAGAAAGCCCACCUGUUCGGGCGCGGACGAGCCUCAACGAUACCCUCAGAGAAAAAGAGAUUGAAGACCUCGCCAAAAAGUCUGUUACUACAAACAGGCUGGAUGAAAUCCGUGAAAAGAAUCCGAAUGUCAUCGUCCGGAAGUCUUCUCGGAAUUUCAGUCCACAGGAGCCCAAAUUCGCACCACUGGAGCCGCAGGACAAAAUCGACCUCAAGGAUCCCGGAGAAGCGGUACCAGACACACCAGUUGUUGUGUAUAGGUCAUCAAGCAGUAGUACGGACAAAUCCAAAUCGUCUCAGCGAUCAAUGCCAGAUUCAUUGGAUCAACUGCAGAGGCUGGCUCGGGCCGUCAGCACUACCCCGAGACAAAGCCCGGCUGCGUUAUCGGUUGCUCUUGACGAUGCAUCUGCAGUCCCAUUGCCCCCAUCGGAAGACGACCUGAAGUCUCAAUCUACACUGGCAGAUCACGAGGAUGUCGACAAUAAGAGGAAAGUGGCCGAGACUCCGAGGGUCGUGGGCGCAUGGACGGAUACCAUUUUACCGGACACUGUCAAGUCGAGAAUUCAAACACAGAGGGUCAACAAGUAUGCGCAAACACCUCAUGUCAAUGUAGGAGGGUGGAUGGAAACACCGCUUCCUAACGGAGAUCGGAUGCCUAGUAUCCAGAUACCGAGGAUCGUCGAAGAGGAGACGGAGGAAUUAAUGAAUGAAGAAUACCCAACAGACAAUAUGACAGCGGAUCACAUGGAACGUGACAAUACUCCACCAACAGUCCCAUUGAUGCAGGAGCCAGAGUCAAAAGUUGGUCUGGGGAAGGAGGAGGUCAUUCUCCCCAAAAGUGCUCUGACAAAUGUUCUGAACGAAGCCAAACAGAAGCGGCUGGCAUCACACGAUAUCACAGAUACUUCUCGAGACGAGAAUGACACGCUGAACCUGGGCGACGCCACUAUCCAGAGCUUUGAAGACCUCCUCACCGACGCUGCAGACAUCACUGCGGACCUGACCAGCCUCAUCAAAGCUGGUACUGCGGAGGAAGUCCUGGCUCUGAAAGAGAGGAACAGAUUGACAGCUCCUGUUACUUUAGAUGAGGAUAAUUCAUCUGCAUCUGAGGUUGCCUUUAUUGGUCAUUUGACAAGUCGGAUGGAGAGACUGAUGUCAAAUUUGCAUGAAGCUAAAAAGGGCAUCGCCAGGCUGGAGCAGAGAGUCUCUCACUCACCACCGUUGUCGUUAGAAGAAUCGGAUCUACAAACACAGACGCUCGUGGCUGUCCAGGAUCCAGACCGAGCCUCUGGCCAAAGAGGGCCAGUCACCAUCUCGUCCUUCAUGGACCUUCCCAUCGCAUACACAACAUUCACUCUUCCCAUUCCCCUCCUGUUCCAUCCGCGAACAGCAUCUCAAGACAACAGACGCCGCAAUCAGCUGAUCGACCUUCUUCCUGGUAGUCCAACAUGGCUGGGAUAUCUCACCUUCUCCAUCUGGAUAUGGUACAUCCUCGAAUGCCUCCUCGCAGAGAUCUACGCGAGGCCGCUCUAUGCGGAAAGGUACGUCUGGCCAACUCAGCCAGAGCCAGAGUUUCCUUUCGUACUUCCGACAAUGCUCUGGAGAUGGACCCUCGGUGCACGCCUGGGAGAUGUGCUCACUGCGCCUGUGGUGAUGACCUCCAAUGUGGUGUGGAGACUGAUAGUGGCCAUCUGGAAAGUUGUCGGAAUGUGGUUGGGAUGGUCAGAUGGGUUCGUCGAUGAUGGCAGGACCUCCAUGGCAACUGCUACGAAAUCCGCUGUCCAAGCUGUCAAAAGUCUUAUUUCCGGAGCUACUGGCGCCAACCCCCUUGAACUGGAAGGUUUGAGUAUGAUGAAUGACGAAAUUUUAUGA